AUGAGAAUUAACCAAAUUUCUUUAUGUACAAUAUUAACUUUGGUACUACUAAGUAAAUUCGAUCUAUUCACCUGCAUCGAAUUUAGUCAAUCUGACCCAUAUACCCACAAUGCUAAUUCACCAAGUGUUUCUCAUCAAUCUGCAAGCAGUUCUUAUAGUUAUUCUCCUGCAGAAGAUUCCUGGCAGGACCCAAACGACGUUAUAAUCACACGGACUGCCUCAGGCCAAUCGGAGACUAUUUCCGGCACUGACCUUUCACAAGACGCCUCUUACUCCCAGCCGGAACAUAUUAUACUAUCAUCUGUACCCUCGGACCCAGAACCUGGGUCAGAAACAUCGCAAACUGUGCCUGAAUCCGAGUCUUCGGAAGCUGUACCUACUCCUUAUACCUCAGACACCGUAGCUGUAUCUGAAGAUUCGGAAGCAGGAACAUUAGCUGAGUCUUCGGACACUAAACCUGCUUCUGAAGGCUCAGAACCGGGAGAAGUACCUAAGCCUGUACAGGCACCUGAGUCGUCACAGGUACCGGAGACUAAGACAAAAAUACAGUUGCUUAUUAUCGAUGUAGAUAAUAAGAAAUCAACAAAUGAAGUAGAAUAUAAGAGAGAUGAUAGACACGAAUUUGAUCUAUUCACGGCCAAGGAGGGCUUUUUUAUUUAUAGUGCUAAAAAACGCGGAGACCGCUUAUGGAAGUCCACAAAAACCAAUUACCCAAUCGGAAUAGCAUACAAAGAGCGUCCUGGAGAUAAGCCGUUGUUGAGAGUGUUCCACAAAAGAGAAGAGCUGACGGCAUCAGGAGAGUCCACCCCUGAAAAGCAGCAACCAGGAUCCUCACUGGAAAAUGAAGAUGAUGAAAUAGAGGUAAUAGAAGUGAGAAAGCCGAUGCUGAUAGCAGGGUCGCCGACACACCAAUCAAACUACGAUCAUAAAACAGUUGAGUACGGAUACCAAUCAGGCUCAGACACAGAAGAGUUCUCCACAGACGACGAAAACUCAGCAUCAUUCUCAAAUUAUUCUGACCCUAACGCGCCUAAACCUAAGUAUCGACCGAGUAAAGGACCGCCUCCGAUUACCAACGAAGACAUAGAAGUCAUAGAGAUGGGCCCAAGACCACAACAGAAUGUUAGGAUAGGUACCGCACACAGUGCCCAUCCAAGUAGUAUUAGUCUGACUGACCUGAAUGACCAAAUAGCAAGGUUCGCAGCUGAACUCGAAAAGUUGAGUAAGAGUUUAACACAGUCAGUACAGGCCUCUUCUUCUAAAGCCGAGGAUGAACAGGCAGAGGCAGAAGCAGAGGCAUCUGAGGAUCCAUCGGCUCCGAAAGCUCAAAUUGAGAUUGAAGAUUUAGGGCCUACGGACCCAGAGUACGCGAAAUCCCAGGCCAGCGAAGAACCAUCAGGGAAAUCAGCCGAUUCAGAGGACAGUUACGGCUUCAUACAAGGAUAUUUCGACAUACAGAUGGUCGAGUUUUAUUGCGGCGACGACGACUCAAAUCACUCGCAUAGAAUAUCGCACGUCAGUGAACCAGUCACGGUUCAAACCACACCCUACGGCUCCGACCAGGAGACAAUCGAGACCCUGUACGGAAAAGGAGUCAGGUACGAAAAGGCCCACCUGGGCUCGAGAGGGACUGCUAGUGGAGUAGAUACCCUGGAAGACGACGACAUGGUGAUAGAUGACUCUAGAUGCGGCCAAGAGCAGGAACACGGAGAGCGUGGCGCAUCAGACGAGCUAUCCCAUGAAGUUAUAACGGUGUUUGAGAUGCCGAGGCCACUACCACUUUUAAUGCCCCAACCAUUUAUAUUCUAUCCACACCAAAUACCCAGAGUACCUGAGAGACCUCUCCAAAUACCUCGAAUAUCUGAGAGACCACCACAAAUACCUAGAGUAGCUGAGAGACCACCACAAAUACCUAGAGUAGCUGAGAGACCACGCCAGAGACCUCUAAAGGAGCAAACAAUCUCAUACGACCCACGCUUAAGGGACAAUCUACUAAGCGAACCGCCUGUGGAUCCAGGAAUACACGCACACACAAUGAUUUAUAUACCAAGACGCGAAUACGAAAAAGUAGUGGGCUUUCCGCAGCCCAGGAGACCGUCACGAAUAAUUUUACUGUACAGGGCGCAUACCCUGGACUUAAAAGCACGGUUCCUCAAGAUUUAUACGCUGGACGAGAAAGGAAUCAUCUACGAAAACGACACAACUAAGUACCACCUUACCAAAGGCGCUGACGUGUACACGUACACGCUUCACAGCAGCGUCAAGUGCUUCAUGAUCAAAUAUAAAGACAAGGAGUGGAUACACAACCCGCUAACACCAUACCCAGGUAGAAUACUGCUCUCCAGAAACAAUUUAAGAAUUGAGUUCAGACAACAUGGCACAUUGCUGCCUCAGAUUUAA